AUGACGAAUUCUGCAGGUGUUUCUAUUGCGGCCCAUCCUCUGCUUGACAAUUCCCCGAUCGACCCCUUUCCAGCGCUCGGCACCCGUUCCUCUCGGGGCUCAGUUCCUCGCCAGGACUCCAAAAGGAGGCCUACGUCCCUAUUGUCCCAUCCUUCUUCUUCUACUCCGGUGGAGGGUCCGUCUCGAGCUGGCCCCAGCCAUGCGGCUGGUGCCUUCAGGAUUCCCCAGGCUAUUUCAGAAGCUACCAGGCCAGUCCAUCCGGGCUUGGCCAAUUUGCACCUUCCAUACAUCAUUUCCUAUUACACUCCUGAGGGUACUUCAUUUCUUCGAGAGGUGUCCCUGGAGCGCGUGAAUCGCCUGGCUCUUCCUCCUGAUGGCAUUAAUGAGGUGCCUGACGGCUUGAUCAGUCAGAUGAUGGAAAUCCUUGGGAUGCAGGAAACCUAACUUCAGCUUGGACACUGCAGGCUUUUGACGACCGGAGGAGGAGGAGGUCUCGCCGCUAAUAGCUGCUAGACUUCCUUGCUUUCCUUUAUUUUCUUUCCUCUUUAUUUUCCUAUACCGAAUCUUGGCCUGUACUUCUGUACUUAACUUAUUUGUACCUGCAUUUGAUUAAUACUGAAAGUAUGCAUGUUUAUUAGAUUUGAACAGAA